AUGACCUCUCUGACAGACUCGAAUGCUAGUGAGUCUAACUCAGUCACUGCUGUGGAUUAUAUACAAAAUCAAGUGGAUUUAGAAAGAGAAGCUCGUGAAUUGAUGCCUUUUGAUACUAAUGAUUGUACUUAUACUAAGGGAGAGACAAGGCAGCACGUAUUCUCGUGUUUGACGUGCUCCAAGGAGAAUGAAACCAAGGUUGGGGUUUGCUAUUCAUGUUCCAUUGAGUGCCAUUCAACUCAUGAAUUGGUUGAACUAUUUUCAAAACGUAAUUUUGUCUGUGAUUGUGGUACUACAAGAAUGUCUAAGACUCCUCAUGGAGGCUGCAAAUUACGUUUCAGAGCUGAAGAAAGUAAUCAAAAACCUUCGGUAAAACCCCGUACUGGGUCUUCGCUGUCAGCCUCGUUUGGAAGCUCAAGGGCUCGUCCGUUGGAUUUACCUGCUGAAGAUAUACCUUCGCUGUCAAACACCUAUAACCAGAACUUUGAUGGCCACUUCUGCUCAUGUGAAAAGUUAUAUAACCCAUUGGAAGAAACUGCUACGAUGCAUCAGUGUUUCUUUGGAUUUGUAUGCGGUGAAGAUUGGUUUCACGAAGAUUGUUUACUUGGUUAUAAACCAGGUUUUAUCGUGUCUCAAAGAAACGACAAAAAUGAUAAACGGGAUGAAGCUCAAAAAGAGACUGGGGUCAACCUUCUAGACCGUUUACUCUCUCCAGGCCCUGAUGAUGAUGAUGACUACGAUGAACAUGAUAUAGAAAAUGCCCAAAUUAUAGGUAACUACCUUCCUAAACCUAGUCAUUUUGGUCAGUACAUAUGCUGGAGAUGCGUCCGUGCUUUUGAUGAUAUCUUUCAAUACCUCAUAUCGGAUGAUAAAGCUGUUUAUACUACAAUGCCUCAUUUUUACCACGUUGAAAGUUUAAAAGAAUGGGAAGAACACUAUCGUGUUUAUAAAGAUCAAUUAACAUCAGAAAACAUCAACGAACCUAAAGCUAAAAAGAUAAAGCUCGAAAGUGGUGAGAUUCCAGCUAAGGAAGCAGAAAAGGUACCUUCGUCAGUUUUUCUUGCUCGAGGUUUCAGAAAUAGGUUGGCAGAAUUAGCUAAAGAUAAAGCAACUCCACCCAAAAUAUCUGAUUUCCUACAAAAUAAUAAGUACCUUUAUGAAGAUGAUCCAAUCUAUGAACCACCUCGUGAUGAUGAUCAUGGUUCUUCUACUACCGGUUCUUUAUUGGAAUUAGGAACCGAUGCUCUUCUGUCCUUACCGAAGGAACAGGCAAUCGAGGGUGCACAAGCGUAUGAUAAAAUCAGAUCGAAAUUAAGAGAGUUUUUCAAACCUUUCGCUGAAGAAGGUAAACUUGUAACUGAAGAUGAGGUAAGGUCAUUUUUCUCAAAAAUAAAAAAUGAAGCUAAAGACGGCGAUAAUGAAUAG